AUGACAGGGGAAGAGAUGGAUAUUGAUCGACCGACAAAUGUCUCCUUUUUUGAUUUUGUUGGAGGAGUUCAACUUCUCCAGGGGGAGGACACCAGGACGGCCAUGCCUGUCAUCCUGAUCGGGAUCUGCGUGUCCGGAGCGGUUGGGAAUUUGCUCGUUCUGCUCAUUUUCAUCCGUGACUUUAGGAACGGGAAAGGCUCCGAGGUGAAAGCUCUCCUCGCCUCUCUGGCGUCCACGGACUUGGUGAUCCUGCUGCUGUGCGCCCCGGUGCGCGCCGUCACCUACUACAGGCAGACCUGGACCUUGGGGAGUUUUGUCUGCAGCACCACGGACUGGUUCCAGCACUCGUGUGUGGUUGCAAAAACUUUAAUCCUCGCGGCGACCACAAGAGCCAAACACACGUUUGUUCCCGGCACCGCCACGGGGCCCCUCUACAGCCCGACGUGGAUUCACGGAGCCCUGGCGUUCAUUUGGAUUGUGUCCAUGAUGUUUCCGAUUCCCCAGAUGCUUUUCGCCUCUUUGGUGCCGCAUGGCAGCGACACUAUUUGCGUCUCUCAAAUGCCAGUGUGCGCGUCUGACUUCAUGAGUUUGUUCUACAAGAUUUAUCCAACCGCAACCUUCGUGGUGCCGAUCUCCUUCACACUUGCCUACUACACAAAAACGCUGCACUCUGCGGUGAAUCACGCACCCAGCCCGCACCACCAGAGCAAGGUUACCCUGGUUCUGCUGUGUCUAAGCGGCGCCCUCGGGCUCAUGCUGCUGCCAGAGUGGGGGACAUUCACCUGGAUCAGGCUCGGCUACAACAAACCUCCUGUGGGGUUGAUCAUCUUCGCGCAAGUCCUCCUUUACGCAUGCAGCUCCCUCUCUCCGGUGAUCCUGAUGACCAUGUACGACGACGUGCGCCAGGGAUUGAUCGCCAUCUGGCUCAUCGCGAGCUGCAGAGGCUCAAAGCAACUCCCCAGCGACAAGUGUCCCAAAACGGAGGACAACGGAGCAGAACUCGGAGCCAACGCCGUGGCCAACGCGGUCUCACCGGAGAAGGAGAAGACCUUCCCAGAUGUGGAGCACUUUUGGACAGGGCGCAGGAAUACGCACGUCGAGGACGAGCAGGAUCCGGUUCCGUGGGAGAGAGAGGAGAAAAUGUUGUAGAAUCAGAUGUUAAAGUGUCUUUUUUUUCUUUUUAAAAUCAGAAGAGUUCAUCUCGUUCUCAGCUGGUUUGUAGUCCGUUUGACCCGCAGUGCUGACCCUCGUUGAACGGCUGUAGUGGCCUGUUUGCUGUCGUGAGUUUUGAUUAGAUGUAUAAAAAAUAAACUUGUACACUCUCAUGUUUUGAUGUUACACAUGUUUCUACUAUCUAUUUUGAAUAUUUGUUCUUGCCUGCAGUACUUGCUGCGUUGUCAAGUAGAAUAACACCUUUAUUAGAGGAGGUUUGUACAAAUGUGAAGCCAGUGUAAAUAUCCAGGACAGUCAAACAUC